ACGGGUGAUUUGAUCCUCCGUCCGGAAAAAGCCUCUUCCAAAGUAAAAACACUGCAAUAGAAGCAACAGAUCCCGGCUCUAAACGAUAAUUGGCACCGAAAGGAAGGAGCCGGAGAGAUAGUUCGAUUUUGGUCUUGUUUGUCCUUUUCGAUCGACGGAGAAAGAAAUCGAUGAUACUUUUACAGUCCCAUUCACGAUUCCUUCUCCAGACUUUGCUGAAUCGAAUUCAGAAUCUUGAAAAGUGUAUUGAACUAGACCAUCACUGGGUUGAAUUUGAUGAUGUUCGUUACCAUGUUCAGGUGUCAAUGAAGAAUCCCCAUAUUCUACUGCUUUCAUUAUCAUUACCUACCCCACCUCUGGAAACUGUUUUCGUUGGUGGACUUCCAUUUGGAGCCAUAGAAGCUAUUAAAGCAGCUUAUGGUGUAAUCGUGCAAAUUCUUGAUCCUCCAAGGGAUGGCUUCAAUCUGACAUUGAAACUGAAUUUGUCCAAACUUCCUCAAGAUGAAGAUCAGCGACAUACUCUUUUGGUAAAGAUUGCAUCUGUUAGAGAAGUGGUAUUAGGGGCCCCUUUAAGAGUAAUCCUAAAACACCUUGCUUCAAGAACUGUUGCUCCUGAUAUAGAUCAGUUUGUUGCCCUUGUGCAUCGGCCAAAUGAGUCCUUCUUCCUUGUUCCUCAGCAGGCAGAGAAGGUGACGGUGGUGUUUCCAAUGAGAUUCAAGGACUCGAUAGACACUGUUUUGGCAACCUCCUUCCUCCAGGAAUUCAUGGAGUCAAGGCGUACAGCUGGGUUGAGUAAUGCACCUCCGUGUUUGUGGUCUCAAACUCCACCGCUGGAACUGAAGGGAGUAACUGAUGAUGCAUUAUCAGCAAAUGCAGGCUUUGUAACUUUUGUUAUUUUACCACGCCAUGUGGAAGGCAGAAAAUUGGACCGUACUGUGUGGAAUUUAUCAACAUUUCAUGCAUAUGUGAAUUAUCACGUUAAGUGCUCAGAAGGGUUUAUGCACAGCCGGAUGCGGCGGCGUGUGGAGUCACUUAUUCAGGCUCUGAAUUGUGCCAAACCAGAUCAGGAGAAGACCAAGAAAACACCACAAACAAGAUCUUUCAAACGUCUGAAUCUCAAGGACAGUCGAACCAAUUCAAGUAGUUCAUAAAUGUGCUAGCUGUUGAUAUGCCCUUGUCGUUCGUACCAAGAAUAGAAGUAGGUGGACUGCCUUCUUGAGUGAAAAAUGAUGGUAUGAAAUUAUUCUAUCCGAUUUUUUUUGUGAAUGUGGAUACUAACUCUACUUUUGAAUAGGAAUCCUCGAAAGUUUGAGUUCGCUUUGGUUUAUUUCGGAUAACAUUUGAUAUCUGAAUUCUCUUUUACUUA